AUGGCCGGAUUCGAUAAUCUUGGAUUGUACUAUGCCGAUGGAUACACCGAUGGAGAACCAGCCACAGAAGGACAAAAGGCAAUGGAGACCACUUUAAGAUCAGCCAAGAAGGUUUUCAAGGAUUUUAUUCGUUCGUUCCAUCGUGGUGGAUUUUCUUAUGUCUAUCGCGAUGCUCUUCGACGUCAAUACAAUUUGGGCGAAUACUGGAUCAGCGUGAAUUUGCAAGAUUUGCGCAACUUUGACGAAGACCUGACUGAACUGUUGCGAAAAAAGCCUGGUCAAGCUUUGCCAGUUAUUGAAGAGGCAGCCAAAGAGGUGGCUGAUGAAGUCACUAGGCCGCGGCCUGAUGACCAACUGGAGCUGGAAGACGUUCAUGUCGUUUUUACUACUGACGAAAACCCGCAGAGUAUUCGAUCUGUGAGGGUAAGCGAUUGUAUUUAAUC